AUGCACCCCCUCAGCACCGCUGCUGCCACCUCCUUCCUUUCCACGCUCUUAUUGUUCCUCCACUUAACGGCAUCAUCUCCUUCGAAUUACAUGAUUAAUCUUUCAAACUGCAACCAAAACUUCUCUUGCGGUGCCCUCACAAACAUCGCCUACCCUUUCACCGGUGGCCAACGUCCACCCCACUGCGGCCCACCGGAGUUCUGGCUCACAUGUUAUGGUAACUCACAGACCACCCUCACAGUUAAAUCACUGGCUUACCGAGUCACUCAGCUUGACCAAACCAACCAAACCUUAAGGCUCUCACCUUUAGACUUCUACGCUGACCGCCCAUGCACAUACCCAUCCACUAGCACCACUUUUGAUAACGGUAUCUUCAGCCUUGCCUCCAACCAUGAAACCCUUACUUUGUUUUAUGGGUGCAAGAACUUAAGUGACUCUGUCGAGGAAAAAUUUAAGUUGUUAUGUGGCAUGUCAGGAGAUUCAGAAGAAGGGUUUUUCAUGAUUGGUGAUCAUCCUUCUAUGAACAGUUGUCAGACUAGUUUUCAAGUGCCAUUUCUCCGGAGUCGGGCACAACAACUUCAGGCUGAAGGGUCAUCAUUACUUGGUGAGGUUUUGAAAGAAGGGUUUGAUGUACUUUAUAGUGAUCCUUACAGUGCUGAUUGUCAGAAGUGUUCCAAGCAUUCUGGUAGGCAAUGUGGGUUUGAUGGUAAAGUACAUAUUUGCAUCUGUAAUGAUCAGCUCUGUACUGGAACAGGAUCUUCAAGGUUUGGUAAGGGUCUUAAGAUUGCUAUAGCCAUAUCAGCAACUGUGGCAACGAUAAUUGCUUUUUCUAUAAUUGCAAUAGCAAUGACCUUUAAGCUGAAGAAUUCACAGAAUGUUGACAAGUUUGAAAAAUUUAUGAUGGACCAUCAUCGUCUCACUCCAAGGCGUUAUUCAUAUUCAGACAUUAAGAAAAUCACCAACUCAUUCACCAAUAUACUAGGUCAAGGGGGAUUUGGUAAUGUAUACAAAGGAAAGUUAACGGACGGUCGGCUUGUGGCUGUAAAAGUCCUAAAAGAUUCCAAAGGUGAUGGAGAAGAGUUCAUGAAUGAAGUUGCGAGCAUUAGCAGAACUUCCCACGUGAAUAUAGUUACACUUUUGGGUUUCUGCUAUGAGAAGACUAAAAGAGCUUUGAUCUAUGAAUUCAUGACCAAGGGAUCUUUAGACAAGUUCAUAUCUUAUGAAGGAACCCCAGAUACAAAUUUUGGUUUAGAAUGGGAACGAUUUUAUGAAAUUGCAGUUGGUAUUGCUAGAGGUCUCGAGUACUUACAUAGAGGUUGUAACACUAGAAUUGUGCAUUUUGACAUAAAGCCUCACAACAUUCUUCUCGAUGAAGAUUUUGUACCAAAGAUCUCUGAUUUUGGUCUGGCAAAGCUAUGCAAGAGUAAAGAGAGUAAGGUUUCAAUGAUAGGUGCAAGAGGGACUGUAGGUUACAUAGCACCUGAAGUGUUCUGCAGAAAUUUUGGAGGAGUAUCUUACAAGUCUGAUGUGUAUAGCUAUGGAAUGAUGGUUCUAGAAAUGGUCGGAGAAAGAAAAAAAAAUUAUACAGGAUCUUCGGAAACCAGUGAAAUGUAUUUCCCUGAUUGGUUUUACAAGUAUCUUGAACCGGGAGAGAUUACAUUACUUCAUGGGGGUAUAUCAGAAGAGGAAGAAGAGAUUAUAAAAAAGAUGAUUGUUGUAGGUUUGUGGUGCAUCCAAACCAUUCCAUCAGAUAGACCAUCAAUGACAAAGGUGGUAGAGAUGUUUGAAGGUAGUCUUCACUCUUUGCAAAUUCCACUAAAACCUUUACUUUCUUCACCUAAAAGGUCUGCUCAAGAUCACUCUUCCACUAUAUCAUCACUGCCAACUGUGUCGUCACAAGGGGGUGGAGUGAACAAAUUGUCUGUUGAUGAAAGUGACUUGUAACUAGAGAUUUCAAUACUUUGUGUAGCCUGAUGAAGAUAUAAAAAACCUUAUUUCAUGUCCUUCAUCUAAGAGCUGCUUCUAGGCUGAGUGGUUCUUUGAUAUAGCUCACCGGAGGAUACUCGUACAGGAUUGGUAAGAGACACUGUCGUCUCUCUCCAUCUCUUUUUUUCACCACUUAUAGUAUGUACUUCAUGUUCAAUCUGCUGAAAGUGUAGAACGUUCUGUUCCUACUUGCCUCUUAUUGUUUAUGAUUUCAAGAGUUAGACAAUAAGUGAGGUUCAACUUUAUCAUGCCUGUGGUUAAUGUCAUCUGUCUUGCAUUGCAACUUUCUUAAUUAGUUGACUUUCAUAGUUUUCUUACUCUGUUUAUUUGAGAAAUAUAUUUCCCGGUUUGGUUUUGUAAGCAUCUUGAACGAAGAGAGCUAUCAAGACCUCAAGAGAGUAUAACAGAAUAUGAAGAAGAGAUUGUAAGGAAGUCCACUAUGGGAUGAGGAAAAGAUGAGAAGAUGAUCUUAGUGGGUUUGUGGCGCAUUCAAACAAAUCCUUCAGAUAGAGCAUCAACGACAGGAUAUGUGGAUAAUGUAUGUUAACUGCAAGCACGCAACACUGAUAGGAGACACUAUCCUCUCUGCCUCUGGUUUUUGUCGAUGGUAAUGUGUGUUAAUUAUGAUUUGUACGUGAUGCUCAGAACUGUAGAAUUAAUCUGCCAUCCGUCACUGUUAAACAAGUUCAACAUUUAAAGAAAUAACUUGGAGGUUAAGCUAUAUCAUCAUUUAUGGUUAACUGAUAUUUUAGGGAGAUGAUGAUUCAUUGUGCCAAUUUCAGAAGCAUCUCUGCUAUCUAUCUACUCUAUAUUUUGUUGGGGUAGGGUCUUAUUGGAUCACUAUUGAGCUCUCAUACUCUCUUUCAUGUCCUGUAAAGCUCUUGCUGCUGUUUCGGGAA